UUAGUGUCUCAGCGUUCCCAGAGGGCUGUGCGGUCCAAGAUGGCGGCGCCCAGUCCGGGACCUUUGGGCGGGUUCCCGUUCCCUUUGGGAAGUGGCGCCGAGUCCGGAGCUGACCGAUCCGGAUCAAGAGCAGGAGCAGGAGGCGAGAAGGUGAAGAAACCCUGCCGGGCCUGUGUGGACUUCAAGACGUGGAUCCGCGAACAGAAGAAGCAGAAUGUUGCAGAAGACCUGGAUAAAGAGCGUCCUGUUGAAUGCCCUUUAGACCGAGAGGAACUGGGGAGAAACACUUGGUCUUUCCUACAUACAAUGGCCGCAUAUUACCCAGACCAGCCCACCAAUAAUCAGCAGGAAGACAUGAAACAGUUUAUUUCUUUGUUUUCAAAAUUCUUUCCGUGUGAAGAAUGUGCUGAAGACUUGAGAGACAGACUGAAGACCAUGCCUCCCGACACCAGCACCAGGUACAAACUUUCGCAGUGGAUGUGCCUUCUCCAUAAUGACAUUAGCAAGCGAAUAGGAAAACCAGAAUUUGACUGCUCCAAGGUGGAUGAACGAUGGAGGGAUGGAUGGAAGGAUGGAUCAUGCGAUUGAUUUAAAAACUUUUCAAGUUUUAUUUUGACUCCGACUUAUUUGAUGUUUUUCUCCCUGAUCUUAACGACAUGCUGUUUACCCAAUUUUAAUAAUAUUGAAAAUUACAAAACUUAAUUUUCCCCACUUAUUUCUACAUUCUUGCCUCACUAUUCCCAAAUUAAGAUAGAUGAUCUCUCAACGUGCUCCCUCACUUAGAAACAUGGGAGACAGGUGAUGGAAUAAUUGCACUUUAAACAAUUGCUCUUAUUCUUUAUCCUCUAGGGGGUGCAGUUGCUUCAGGAUAGUGAUUUGCUUUUGUGGUAAAGUCUCUCUUCUUCCUGAUAUUUGAAAAUGUCUCCAUCCAGAUGAAGUGAUCACUUCAAAUAUUUGGUUCCAUUUUGCUGUUAAACAGGUAAUACUGAGCUACAGUAGCAUAGAGAGAAUCACAAAUAUCUUUGCGUGGCUGAGCCUAAUAAACCAAGCAUAGCGAAGUUAACUUUGUGUACCUGUCAAAGGGUAUUUAUAAAAUACCAGUUAAUGAGUGAAUUUAUGAAAUUGCUGGGAUAAAGUAAUUCUGAUCUCUCUGAAGUGAUGCAAGUGAUGGUAAACAGAAACAAAUUGCAUCAAUUGAGUAGGGUUAUGUUAAUGAAUAGUGAUUAGUAUCCAAAGAACAACAUUUAGUAUAACUGAUUUACAUCUGUACUCAUGUAUUUUCAAGCCUGGUUUUGGACUCUGGAUUAUAUAUGGCAGUUAAUAUUGGCACUGUAUUGAAUAGCAAUUUUAAGACAUUGCAAUAUGCACUUACAGCGCAAUUUACGCACAAUCUGCCAUCUAUCACACCAACUCUACAUUGAUUGUUUAGAAAUAUUAAUGGAAUAGCAAGCCAAGACAUUUUUAGAUCUGUUAUAAGAUUUUAUAAGACUUGAAGAAUAUACGUCUGAAAUAUGUCUAAUGUUGGAACAGUAGAAGGUCCUUAAUGGCAGGCUACAGCUUUCAUCCGAAUACUGUAUCUGAUCUUCACAGCUGAAAGACACUACAGACAUUUUGGGAUAAAAUUAAAACAAAGGAAUGGAGGACUUAUAUAAAGCUCAGAAGAGUUGCAAUAAGGUAUUUGCACUAAAAUUAUACAAAUGCAACUUGUCUGGGCUGGUUGUAAGAGUAUCUGCUAAUUUUUGGAGUUUGAAUAACUCAGCUAUCAAUCAUCAUGCAAAGAUUAUUUCUUUAAAUGGCCAUACUUUAUCUGUCCCUAAGGUCUAUAUGUAGCAUCCUGCUGUUGUAAAGUUUCAAUCCUGGGAGGAAGUGCACUCUACAACACUCUGCCUGUUAAAAAUCAGUCAUUUUGAGUACCCAGCUGUGGGUGCAGGAAAUUAAUAAAAUUUAAAAUUAUUGUGUAAAAGUAUGCAAAGCUGUGUUUGCUGCAGCUGUGAUAUUUAGUGGUAAUUAAGUAUGGCAUGCUGUUUUCAACCACCGACAAGCAUUCAUGAUUUCUAAUUUUGUGAAUUUGUUUGGUUACUAUGAGUUGUGUUGAGUCUAGACAUGUGCAGAUUGUCUUGAUGAGUGAGCUGAAUUGCCAUCUGUUAAAUAUGAAAAUUGAGCACCACUCUCAAUCAGUACCUGAAACAUGCUGAAUGUGUUGCUUGAUAAUGUAGUGGACACCCGUUUGGGGUAUAAUCUGCCUGUGUUUUCUAUAUUCACUAAUACUGCAAACAGGAGAGUUGGCCAUUUACCGUGAGGGAUUGACUGAUUUAGACUGAGUUAAAAAUCACACGACACCAGGUUAUAGUCUAACAGAUUUAUUUGUAAGUACUAACUUUCGGAGCGCUGCUCCUUCAUGGAGCAGGAUUAUAAGAUACAGAAUUUCUGCGUCUUAUGCUCCUGUUCUACAGCUACCUGAUGAAGUAGCGAUGCUCUGAAAGCUUGUACUUCCAAAUAAACCUUUUGGACUAUAACCGGGUGUUGUGUGAUUUUUAACUUUGUCCACCUCAGUCCAACACCGGCACCUCCACAUCAUGAUUUAGACUGGACAUUGUGGUACAGAAGGUACUUAAAUAUUCUAAGCAACAUGAGUGAGUUUAAUAACCAUAACCAUUUGAUAUACUGAAGAGACCUUAAAAUGUGCAGUUUUUUUUUUAGAAAAAGCCCCUUUAUUUUAAAUCAAGUGAUUAUAUUAUGGGAACUCUGUGUUCUCAUUGGUAAUCACUAAUACUCCCAGUUUAGGAUGUGGGAGAAAAGAGGUCAAUUUCAGUUUCUACGGUUGGUUCAUCAUAUAAGGAGAUGCAGUAUUGCUGGAUUCAAAGUUGCUAAAAUGCUGCAAGGUUUGGCAUUUUGAACUCUGCACCAUGGCAUUUUUGUGCACUAGACUUCAGUCACUGCACUAUCUUGUUCUUACUGCAUCAGCCUAUAAGUACUUGUUUAUCAUUAUAUAUCUUCUGGAGUACCUGCCUACGUUGAUCAUUGGAAUUUGUUACAAGAGUUUUGCUCAAAGUGUAGUAAAUGUGUUUAAGGAAGACCAAAGUAAGAUAUUUAAUGUUGCACUAAAUGAUGGGAGCAGUCAUGUGCGAACAAAAUUCUUGUUACUGCUGUGAAAUUUGAAUAUUCUGUUCUAUUGUGAUGGGAAGUUUACUCUUUUGCAAAAUGCCCUUGUGAAUCUUUUGGAUUUGUCAUGCUAUAAAAACACCAAGGGUGGCCCAUCUGCAAAUGAUUGACUUUAAUAAUGUACAUGUACAAUAAUGCACCUAUCACAUCAGAUUCUGUACAGUACGAUGUGAGAGAAACCCAGUCUACAAUAGCCAUUACAUUCUCAAGUACCGUCUCCAUUCUAAAAUUGAUCUUCACAAAUGAGUUUUUUAAACAAAAUAGAAUUAGAUUUAUUUGUUCAAAUAGAAAUUACUUACAAUUCAGCUGAAUGAGACCAUUUUUCCAAGAUUUUGAUUGAAGAUGUAAAUAAUUUAAAUAAUGUUUUUAAAAUUUUGUACACUGCAUUAUGUAUUUAUGAUUACCAGGUUGGUCAGGUGGACAGUUUUUACUUGAUGAUCCUCUUUUGGAAAGCCAACUCUGUUCCCUUCUUAGCUGAUUCUUAAAUGAGCCCAAUACCUGUGCCUCAAACACCAGCCAUUGAUCACCCUUUGUGAAUUCUUCACAAUCCCAUAACUGUUGCCUUGUCCUGGAUUGCAUGGGUGUAUCUGGAUGUCCCCUUGAGGUUUAUUUACUCUGCCCUGUUUAACUGUCUUGUAUAUAUCCUAAGAGCCUCUCUGGUUUUCUUUUUGAAGCUGAAUGUCAUCACCUCUUUCUUCUGAGUUUGGAGAUCAGUCGUUUUUCCUUCUGGAUUGCUGUACUAUGUUGUGCCAAAUAGCAAAGGUAAAUGUGUGACUGUGAGUAAGGUUUUCAACUGAACGGACUUGACGACAUAACCCAGAACAAGUUCGGCACUCUACAGCUUUCUGCGCUCGACACGGAGCUCAGCAACCUUCAGUUAGAUUUGAUUUCAUUUUGUACUUUUUUUUUAUUAAUCUUCCAAUUUAUGUUUUGCUGGGUUUGUCUUGUCUGGUUUCUUUCUUCAUUCCUAUUUGUUAUAUUCAGAUGGUUUUUACAUUUAAAAAAAGUCAUACUUCAUGUAAUGCUUCCUAGUUUUCCUGACAAGGGUGUUGUUUGGCCUUCUCAAAUCACUGCAGCCUAUUGUGCAGUUUUGUCCAGAGUGCUAUUAGUCCAGAUUUUGAUGCAACAAUGAUAGAGGAACAUUUUAUACUUAAACCUAUGAAUUUGUUUCUGCAUUCCUGGCAAGACCAUGUUCUGAGUUGGCAUUCACUUCACUUUUUAGAUGAAAACGAGAGACAGCUCACUUAACAGCAUUAAACAUCCUUUCAUUGUCACAUUUAAUUCAAAAUAAUCAUAAUUAAAAAUGAAAUUUCCACUUGAGGAAACAGUGGUUGUAUUAGUUGGUAACAGGGUUUGCAGCAACAGGAAAACAGAAUUUAUUCACUGAGCAGAUUGACAAUAAUGAUUUGAAGAUCCAAAGAGGAAGACCAUAUUGGAAAUUAUAUCAUGGAGACAAUUGUUCACUCAAAAUAUUGCAGAUUAAAUGAAUUUUCUUUUGAACAGCUUCCGUUUCAUGAAUGAUCGUAACAAUGGGCUGUAAUUUAGUUAUUGAAAUAAUUUUGUUUCACCUACGCAGAUGGUUCCUUAGCAACCACGCUACCACCAGUGAACAGGAGACCUAACUUAAAUAAUUGAAAGAGACAAUAAAUGACAGAACUGCUUUUGUUUUAGCUCCUUUUUUGAACAUGUUUG